GCGGUAGGGGGGCACUUCCGGAGUGUGAGGAGGAAAACUUUGGGGGAGCAACAUUCUCCUGCGGGUCUUCAGACGGACAGUAGGGCCGCUUCUUCGGCCUCCAGACUCCCGCAUGGCUCCGACUAACGUCCGUUACCAGCUGCCUGCUGCCGCCGGCUGCGGCUCCGCGGUGGAGGCUGAGCUGCGAAGCUUGCUGCAGCAAAGGAUCAUGGUCCUAGAUGGCGGAAUGGGAACGAUGAUCCAGCUGGAGAAGCUGGAGGAGGAAGAUUUCAGGGGAGAAGAGUUCAAAGAUCAUCCUCUACCUCUGAAGGGAAACAACGACCUCCUCAGCAUCACACAGCCUCACAUCAUCUACAAAAUACACCAGGAGUAUCUGCAGGCCGGCGCCGACAUCAUCGAGACCAACACCUUCAGCAGCACCUGCGUAGCCCAGGCGGAUUACGGCCUGGAGCGCCUGGCCUACCGUCUGAACAGGGCGUCUGCAGAGCUGGCCAGGAGGGCCGCCGAUGAUAUCACCAAGCAGUCAGGGUGGAAACGCUAUGUGGCGGGGGCCCUGGGCCCCACCAAUAAAACCCUCUCUGUGUCGCCUUCAGUAGAGAAACCAGAUUACAGGAACAUAACGUUCGAUAAGCUGGUGGAGGCCUACACCGAGCAGGCCCGCGGUCUGCUGGACGGAGGAGCAGACAUCCUUCUGGUUGAAACCGUCUUUGACACGGCCAACGCCAAGGCCGCUCUGUUCGCCAUUGACCUGCUGUUUGAAAAGACCCACCGAAGGACACCCAUAUUGGUGUCGGGGACCAUUGUGGACCGGAGCGGGCGGACGCUGUCCGGUCAGACGGGAGAGGCCUUCGUAGUGAGUGUUUCCCAUGCUAAACCUCUGUGUAUUGGCCUGAACUGUGCUCUAGGGGCCACAGAAAUGAGGCCUUUUAUUGAGGCGAUUGGAAAAAGCACCACAGCUUUCGUCAUCUGUUAUCCCAAUGCAGGUCUUCCCAACACAUUUGGAGGUUAUGAUGAAACGCCGCAGGUCACCGCCUCCAGUCUAAAGGAGUUUGCUGCGGAUGGAUUGGUGAACAUUGUCGGAGGUUGCUGUGGGACCACGCCUGCACAUAUCAGAGCCAUAUCAGAGGCAGUGAAAGCGUGCAAGCCAAGAGUUCCUCCUGCGGAUGCCUUUAAAGACCACCUGCUUCUCUCAGGAUUGGAACCCUUUCGAAUUGGACCGUACACCAACUUUGUGAACAUCGGCGAGCGUUGCAAUGUGGCGGGGUCACGGCGUUUCGCCAAGCUGAUCAUGGCCGGCCAGUACGAGGAAGCUCUGAGCAUUGCCAAGGCCCAGGUGGAGAUGGGGGCCCAGGUUCUGGAUAUAAACAUGGAUGAGGGCAUGCUGGAUGGGCCCACAGCCAUGGCUCGGUUCUGUAACUUUAUCGCAUCGGAGCCAGAUGUUGCACGGGUUCCUUUGUGCAUCGACUCCUCCAACUUCUCUGUGAUUGAAGCUGGGCUGAAGUGCUGCCAGGGGAAGUGCAUCGUCAACAGCAUCAGCCUGAAGGAAGGAGAGCAGGACUUCCUGCUCAGAGCGGCCGCUGUGAGGCGCUACGGCGCUGCGGUGGUGGUCAUGGCCUUUGAUGAGGAGGGACAGGCCACAGGGACGGAGCGCAAGGUAGAGAUCUGCACUCGGGCGUACGAGCUGCUGGUCAGCAAGGUUGGAUUUGAUCCCAACGACAUCAUCUUUGACCCCAACAUCCUCACCAUCGGCACGGGAAUGGAGGAACAUAACGACUACGCCGUCAGCUUCAUCAGGGCCACCAGGCUCAUCAAGGAGACGCUGCCUGGUGCCAGGGUCAGUGGCGGUUUGUCCAACCUGUCCUUCUCCUUCAGAGGGAUGGAGGCCAUCAGAGAAGCCAUGCAUGGGGCGUUCCUCUAUCAUGCCAUCAAGGAUGGGAUGGAUAUGGGCAUCGUGAACGCUGGAAACCUUCCUGUUUAUGACGACAUCGAUAAGGAGCUGCUGACGAUGUGUGAGAACCUCAUCUGGAACAAAGAAGCCGACGCUACAGACAGACUCCUGGCCUAUGCUCAGAACAUAGUGAAAGGAGGGAAGAAGGUGGUCCAGACGGACGAAUGGAGAAACGCAUGCGUAGAAGAGCGGUUGGAAUACGCUCUCAUCAAGGGAAUAGACAAACAUGUGGUGGAUGACGUUGAGGAAUGCCGGGCACAGGUGGAUCGCUACAAGCGGCCCCUUCACAUCAUCGAGGGUCCCCUGAUGAACGGCAUGAAAGUGGUGGGGGAUUUGUUUGGAGCUGGGAAGAUGUUCCUGCCACAGGUUAUCAAGUCGGCUCGUGUUAUGAAGAAGGCCGUCGGUUACCUGAUCCCCUUCAUGGAGAAGGAGAGGGAGGAGAUGAUGGCAGCAUCAGGAUCAGCCGAGGAGACGGAUCCCUAUCAGGGCACCAUUGUUCUGGCUACAGUGAAAGGCGACGUCCACGACAUCGGCAAGAACAUUGUAGGAGUGGUGCUGGGCUGUAACAACUUCAGGGUGAUCGACUUGGGUGUGAUGGUUUCCUGUGAUCGGAUUCUCAGAGAGGCUGUCACUCAGAAAGCUGAUAUCAUCGGCCUGUCGGGCCUCAUCACUCCCUCUCUGGAUGAAAUGAUUUAUGUGGCCAAAGAAAUGGAGCGACUUGGAAUGACAACACCCCUGCUGAUUGGAGGAGCCACCACAUCAAAGACACACACAGCAGUGAAGAUUGCGCCGUGUUACAGCUGUCCUGUUGUCCAUGUCCUCGAUGCCUCCAGGAGUGUGGUUGUGUGCUCCCAGCUGCUGGAGGAGGGAGCCAGGGAGGAGUAUUUUGAGGACGUGAAGGAGGAGUAUGAGGACAUCAGGCAGGAGCAUUAUGACUCCCUGAAGGAGCGUCGCUACCUUUCUCUCGCUGAGGCCAGACAGAAGGCUUUACGUGCCGACUGGGCCGCUGCGCCCAGACCAGUGCGCCCUCAGUUCCUGGGCACUCGUGUGUUUGAGUGUUACGAUCUGAACGGUCUGCUGGACUUCAUCGACUGGAAGCCUUUCUUUGACGUGUGGCAGCUCAGAGGGAAAUACCCCAAUAGAGGAUACCCCAAGAUUUUCAACGACAAGACUGUUGGUGCUGAAGCUCGCAGAGUCUUUGAUGACGCCCAGUCGUUGCUCCAUCGCAUGAUCGACAGCCGCAGCCUGGAGGGGCGGGGCCUGGUGGGAUUCUGGCGCGCACAGAGCGUCGGCGAUGACAUCAAUGUGUACGAAGACGACGACGACGUGGUUCGGAGUGACGUAAAACCCAUCGCCACUCUUCACGGCUUACGGCAGCAGGCGGAGAAGGACGGCUCCAGAUCAGAGCCCUUCCUGUGUGUUUCUGACUUCGUGGCGCCCGUGGAGAGCGGCGUGGCCGACUACAUCGGGAUGUUUGCUGUAGGCGUGUUUGGAGCCGAGGAGCUGAGUCAGCAGUUCCAGACCCAGGGAGACGAUUACAGCAGCAUCAUGGUUAAAGCUCUGGCUGAUCGAUUAGCUGAGGCCUUCGCUGAGGAGCUGCACGCUCGUGUGCGGAAGGAGCUGUGGGGCUACAGCUCCGACGAGGCCCUGCAGGCCUCAGACCUUCACAGAGUUCGCUACCAAGGCAUCCGACCGGCAGCCGGCUACCCCAGCCAGCCGGACCACACCGAGAAGCUCGUAAUGUGGAGCCUGGCCGGCGUCAAGGAGAAGACAGGAAUCGGUCUGACCGAGUCGCUGGCCAUGACUCCCGCUGCGUCCGUCUCCGGACUUUACUUCUCCCAUCCUCAGGCUUCUUACUUUGCUGUGGGAAAAAUCACCAAAGAGCAGGUGGAGGACUACGCCAGCAGGAAGGAGAUGAGCACGGAGGAGGUGGAGCGAUGGUUGGCUCCCAUCCUGGGCUACGAGCCGUAGCUCCUGGUGUCAGCAGCGCGCGGUCCUGGUCCGGCUUCAGGCCGUGCUGUUUGACUUUAAAUGGGGACCAUUCGGAGUGGAUCCCGGAUGGAUCCGGCUCAGGAAUCUUUCUCGGCUCACAGAGCUUCAGCGCUGGACAAUCGUUUUAGGCUGGUCUACAUCCACUUCCUUUUCUAAUCUUUUAUAAUGAACUAUUUCCUGUGGAUAAUCGGAGCAGUGGUCAGCGCCUGGAGUUCCUGGAACAUCAUGGAGGAGACUCGGGAACGUCGGUGCAGAAUACGCCGCCUGGUGCUACGGGUGCUGCUUCAGCCUCUGGAGUAUUUUAUGAUUUUAUUUAACUGACGUGAAACGAUUCCUCCCUCAGUGGCCUUUAGUCCGAAUUAGAGUGAAACAUUAAUGAAGCCGUUUGUUUUUCAUUUCUGAUAGAUGCUCAGUAUUCUUCUGUUUCCUUUUUAAUAAUUAAAUCUGUAGUUAUUUCAUAUUUUAUUGGAUUAAUAUUUAAUAGUAAUUAAGCUUAUUGAGGUAAAUAAGGAUAAGUUAAAGAAUUGCUCUGGAAAUGAGGAUAAAUGGUGCUAGAUUAGGUUUUAAAAUAACUGUUUGAGUCAUUUGUUUUUAGAAAUAUUAACGCUUUUAAAGUCAGUUUAAUAGCUGCUGCUCUUUUUCUCCUAAACAUCUGGGAACAUCUGGGAGUAAUUCCUCAUCCGACACUGUUGCUGCAGCAGUGUUAAACUUUGAGAGUUUUUCUAACAAUAUUUCUAACUGUUGAUUAAUGGUUUUUACUUGUUUUACUUUUUCAUCUGACAAUUAACAAGAAUAAAUAUUUUCUAGAUGAUCAAA